AGAACAUUCAAUAGAAGUAGUAUCAUGCGUCGAUACAGAGGACAACAAGCGAAGAUUUGAUGAAUACUGAGUUUAUUUAUUUUUCUACCGACAGUACAUCGAGUUUUAAUUUUAAAGGGACCUAUGUGAUUUUAAAGUUGAAAGCCGUUCUAUAAACAAUUCAUUGUCGGUAUCAAAUUCUACAAGAAGAAAUGUGGGGAAAAUCCUCGGAUUAAAAAGUAAAAAGGAUUAUCUAGUAUAUAAUAUGAUUAAGACUUUGGAUUAUCCGACUGUUGAUUAUUGACAAAGUGUUUUAUCUGAAAAGUAAAUAUAAUUUACAGAGAAAAUGAGAAUUGUCAGUUUGUACCUGUGAAACGCAUAAGUGGCAAAACGAUAACAUGGUAACAUCUGAAGAGACGAUCAUGUAAGUUAACGAUGUCUUCCAAAUGUUUAUCAGUAUUACUAACUGUGUUAAUCAUAUCAAACUGUAAUGGAAUACCUGUCAACUACGCUAUUGAAGAGGAAAAGGGACCAGAUUAUUAUUUAGGGAAAAUUUCGGACGGCGCUAACCUGAGAAGUUCACCUGAAAUAACAAGCGAUGCCGAAUUUGAAUCUUUACGGUAUAAUUUACUUAGUAGCGGCAAUCCUGAUGCUCAGUUUUUCACAGUAAAUGAAAGAACAAGUGAUCUGUAUACAACAAAGACAAUAGACAGAGACGAAUUAUGUAGAUUUUCCGACACUUGUAUAUUACAGUUUGAGAUAGCCGCCGAUACCUCUGCUAGCGAUUUCUUUACAAAAAUCAACAUCAUCGUAAAUAUCCUUGACAUUAAUGACAAUGAACCAUCUUUUCCCUCAGAGGUAGUGAAUCUUUCACUUUCGGAAGCCACAGUGUUAGGUACUUCAGCUUGGAAAGAAGGUGCCGAUGAUAGAGAUCAUGGAACAUUUUCAGUUCAGCAGUAUCAAUUGUUACCCACCGACACGCCUUUUGCAAUUGAAACAGAAUUUUACGCAGAUGGACGCACCCAGGUAACGCUUAAAGUUAAUCAAAAUCUCGACAGAGAAAUAAACAGCUCAUUCACAUUGACUAUCAUGGCAGUAGAUGGUGGUGUUCCGCCUAAAUCGGGUUCAGUUACUAUAAAUGUUCAAAUAAACGAUAUUAAUGACAACGCACCAAAAUUCGCAAAAUCUAUUUAUAACAUCACUAUCAACGAGGAUCUCCCUGAAAACACCGUUAUUCUCAAAGUGCACGCUGACGACCAGGAUGAAGGAUUAAAUGGCGAAGUUACAUAUAAGUUGAGUACUUUGCAAUCAGCAGACAUUUUUAGAUUGUUUAGGAUUGACUUACAAACGGGUGAUAUACGUAUUACGCAAUCAUUGACUCAGGAAGAAAGCAAACAGUUUAAAAUCAUUGUGGAAGCCACCGACAAAGCACCAUCGCCAUUAACAUCGCAGACUCAGGUUAUAGUACAUGUUCUUGACACCCAUAAUACAGCACCGGAAGUUACGGUUACAACAAUAUCGUCGAAAAUCAACGAUGAAUAUGUUGAAUUUUCCGAAAAUACUAACAUUGGAAUUACUAUGGCAAUAGUUUUAGUUACUGAUCAUGAUAGUGGCUACAAUGGUGCUGUGACAUGUACGCUUAACGACGACCAUUUCUAUUUAAAAUCUGAAGGAGACAACGAAUAUAAUAUAGUAUUGGGGAAUAGUUUGGAUCGGGAAAUUAAUGAAUGGCAUGAAAUAGUCACCACGUGUAGUGACGCUGGUUCACCGAGACUUAGUUCGUCUGGCAGUUUUCGUCUGCACGUGCUUGAUGUUAAUGAUGUUCCACCUGUCUUUACACAAGUUUUGUAUAAAAUCAACGUUGAAGAAAAUGGACCAAAAAGUGUAAGUGUAGUUCAGGUUCAUGCAAACGACAAUGACGCCACCGCAGAACAGAACGUUCUGUACAGCUUAGAGCUGGCAGAGGAUUACAAAGAUAUAUUCAGUAUAGAUAGUACGAAUGGCCUUAUUUACGUUGAGCAAUCUUUAGACAGAGAAACCUAUCCAAGUAUUACUUUUAAAGUACUUGCUACGGAUAAUCAACCGCAACCUUUAACAGGAAGUGCUAUGGUGGAAGUAACUGUUCUUGAUGCCAAUGACUAUGACCCGGUUUUUACGCCAUUAGAAUUCCAAUUUACGGUACCAGAAAAUCGUCCACCAGAUAUUUCAGUUGGUCGUGUUUUGGCUGUUGAUGCAGACAGUGGUAUUAACGCAGAACUACAAUACACAUUAUUGCCCAUGAGCAGUGAAGCUCCACCCUUCAGAGUACUGUCAAAUGGUACAAUAUUAACAACGAUGUAUUUUGACAGGGAAAUGACAGCUCAGUAUACAUUUUCUGUGAUGGCAUCUGACAAAGGCUCGCCAUCACGUAGUAGCACAGCAAAAGUUAUUGUCAACGUCCAUGAUGAAAACGACAACCCUCCUAUUUUUAUUUUUCCUGGCAAAGAAACAGAUGAAAUAAGAGUUUCAUACCAGUCCUUACCCAAUACUGUUAUAGCAACGAUUCAAGCAUACGACCCCGAUACCAGCUUUAAUUCUCAUAUUUCAUAUAUUAUGAAUGGUUCUAAUGUUUUAGAAAAUUUCGAAUUAAAUACUCAUACUGGACAGUUUUCGGUGAUAUCACAACUUGACCAGUCAGACAUUGGGACAUAUGAUCUCAUUUUAACUGCGGUAGACGACGGCGAACAAGAGCAUCAACGAAGUGUAAAACUAGUUAUAAUUGAUAAAGCUACCGUGGCGGCCAGUCAAUCAGAAAGCGAGAUAAAAUAUUUUGCUAUUGCAGUUGCGAUAUCUUGUAUAACUAUAGUUUUAUCAGUUUUAAUUGUUUUGGCGAUUUGUUUGAUCAAGCGUAAAGAACGUCAACAUCACGAAAAGAUAGCAGAGAGUGUAACAACUUGUUCGUCACUGGAGACGGACAGUGAAGGUUCCGAUAUUCGCUUCGGUGAUGUUUGCACCCGAGGCAUCCUGCACAAAUCAAAUACCAACUCCCUGAAGAGAAAUGACCAGUCCAGUAAACCUAAUCCUAUAAAGAAACCAUUCACAACAGUGGUAUCUGUUGAUGAAGUAAUACCGGAAGUUAUAUCAGAUUCUGUUGAAAUCUGGGACUGGGCUGAUAGUGAAUACAGCAGGAACACAGGACAGUCGUUACCACAUGACCUAGAACCCUUUUCUACAUUUUCCAGUAAAACAAAGCAGAAGAAUAAAGUUCAUUGGCAGGCUAGUCAGUGCUAAGGUGAUGAAUAAGAAGAGAACAGAUGACAUUUGAUAUAUAUUUUUGUAUAUGAUAUACCAGUUUUUAUUUCUGUAUUUUUCUUCGUCACUGAACUUUAUAUCUCAAUAAUAACUUUAUAAUGAUAACAUCAUCUUGUCUGACGUAUAAUGAAUUAUCACAUGAAAAGAAGAACUACGACAAUCCACGCUACAAGACAGCCGCUAGACCAGCGAGACUUGCAAGCAAUUAAAAGUAUCGGCCAAAAUCAUUUUCACAGAUAACAACAUCUAUAUAUGCAUCUAUGAAAGUAUGCUUUUGGAACAGCUGACAGCCACUUUACAAUUCCGUAUACAGAUCAACAGACGAAUUCCGGUGAUACAGUCUGGAGAGACAGCUGAACAGUUUCCAGUUUGUGCAAUAUUGUAUUUGUUAUUGUUUUUAUUUUAUUGUUUAUUAUUAAAAUUUUAUUACGUUUUUAAAA